CCGGCGGGGGCGCAGGGAGAGCAGCGCCGGGGGCCCCAGCCCGGCCGGCCGGGGAGCAGCGGAGGAGCUGCCGGCGCCAGAUUCUAAAGAUCUGCCUUACUGAGUUCUCCAGGAGGUAACCAACCGCUGUGGAACUAUAUUAGGAGUCUGGAGAUGGUGCCAAAAGAACUUCAUGUUUCUAUGACUUGUAUUGUAACCUGACUCAGUGAUACUUUUGGAUAUAUAUUUCUAUUCUAAGGAGAAGAGUGUGUACUCCCAAUUCUGCCAGUUUACUGGGCAGAGAUUUUGUGUUGUAAGAUCAUGGACCAUUCAAACAGGGAGAAGGAUGAAAGGCAGCGGACAACAAAAGGAAUGCCAGGGAGGAGUGGGCAUGGUUCUCGACCGAGUUCUGCUACGUCCUCUGGUGUUCUUAUGGUGGGACCCAAUUUCAGAGUGGGCAAGAAGAUAGGGUGUGGGAACUUCGGAGAACUCAGACUAGGCAAAAAUCUCUAUACCAAUGAAUAUGUAGCGAUCAAACUGGAACCAAUAAAAUCCCGUGCCCCACAGCUUCAUUUAGAGUACAGGUUUUAUAAACAGCUCGGCAGUGCAGCUGAAGGCCUCCCCCAGGUGUAUUACUUUGGGCCAUGUGGAAAGUACAAUGCCAUGGUACUUGAACUACUUGGUCCUAGCUUGGAAGAUUUGUUUGACCUCUGUGAUAGAACGUUCACUUUGAAGACGGUAUUAAUGAUAGCCAUCCAGCUGAUAUCUCGAAUGGAAUAUGUGCAUUCAAAGAACCUCAUUUACCGAGAUGUCAAGCCAGAGAAUUUCCUUAUUGGCCGGCAAGGCAAUAAGAAAGAACACAUCAUUCACAUUAUCGACUUUGGAUUGGCCAAGGAGUACAUUGAUCCUGAAACCAAAAAACACAUACCUUACAGGGAACACAAGAGCCUAACUGGAACAGCAAGAUAUAUGUCCAUCAAUACACAUCUUGGCAAAGAGCAAAGUCGGCGAGAUGACUUGGAAGCCCUUGGCCACAUGUUCAUGUAUUUUCUUCGAGGCAGUCUGCCCUGGCAAGGGCUCAAGGCUGACACCUUAAAAGAGAGAUAUCAGAAGAUUGGGGACACAAAGAGAAACACUCCAGUUGAAGUUCUCUGUGAGAACUUUCCAGAGGAGAUGGCCACAUAUCUUCGUUAUGUCAGGCGAUUAGACUUCUUUGAGAGACCAGACUAUGAUUACUUACGAACUAUCUUUACAGAACUAUUUGAAAAAAAAGGCUACACCUUUGAUUAUGCCUACGACUGGGUUGGCAGGCCACUGCCUACUCCAGUGGGGUCCAUUCCUGUAGAUUCUGGGGCAUCUGCAAUAACAAGAGACAGCCAUGCACAUAGGGAUCGACCGUCACAGCAACAUGCUCUUCGAAAUCCGACGGCGUCAUCAGACCGCCGAGGAGAGUGGGAGAUCCAGCCAAGCCGGCAGACAAAUACCUCGUACCUGACAUCUCACUUGGCUGCAGACCGUCAUGGGGGAUCAGUACAGGUGGUCAGUUCGACCAACGGAGAACUAAAUGUUGACGACCCAACAGGGGCACACUCCAAUGCACCAAUCACAGCACAGGCCGAGGUGGAAGUGGUGGAGGAAGCUAAGUGCUGCUGCUUCUUUAAGAGGAAAAGGAAGAAGACUGCCCAGCGUCACAAAUGACCGGUGCCUCCUGGAGACUUGUGGGAACGCCACCUGCAGCUCCUGCCAUGUCUUACUGAAAGGAGCUUCUCUCUAGCGAGAAGAGGCGGCAUAGGAGGAAGAGAAACAAGUGACAUUUUAAACCAAAAAGAGAGAAGAAAAUUGUUCCAAACAAACCGCUCUGGGGUGGAUCUGCUCCAUGGUCUACUCAUUCACUCCAAGCCUGAAGCUCUUUUUGGGAUCAGGACUGCAGCUGGCUCAGGCCUUGGUUGCCCGGUGGGCAGGUGGGCUGGCUGGCUGACCCUCCUUCCCAUUGUUUACGGCAGAAGGCAUCAUUCACACAAACCUGAGAACUAUGCUUUGUUUCCUGCUCACUUUACUCCCCCUCACACUCUCUCUGCCCGCCCACCCAUCCAUCCUCCUCCCUCCCCAAUGGAAAUACCCCUGGUAGGCUUUUUUGGCUAAGGGGAGGGUGAUAGGUGGUUGUCUGGGCAGGAAAGACAUGUAGGAGAAGGGCCUGGUAGGUAUGAGGCAAUUUCUCCCCGAAGUCCCUUUCAGCGUCCGCCUGUACUGCCAGCCUGGCCAGGUACAGCAGUGGGACACAGGCUCCCUCCUAGGUUCCUUGGGAACAGUUAUACUGUAGUGUGAGACUUGCAAUCUACUGUUGCAGUCCCUUGGGUUCUCUGGAUUCCUUGUUCACUCCUUUCUCCAACUGGUAACAGAGCAGUGCGGAUUGUUUUAAAGAAACUGACAUUGUUGCACUUUUUAUUAUUUUUUAGCAUUACAGAUGCAUAUUGUGUCUGUAGAUUUUCGCAUGGACACAGACAGACAUUCAGAUUGGAAUGUGGAGGGGUGCAAAGAAUGUCCUCAACAGAGGGUUUGCUUGCAACAUCCAGAAAACCCUAAAGCUAGUCUGGGGUUCCUAUCACCCAUUGUUGGUCAUGCGCUGAGAGAAACCUACUUGAAUUUUGAAUCACCCUUUGUAGCUGCCAGUGAAUGUCCCUACCAUGGUUUCCUACUUGGUGCCUGACAUAACCAGCCUGGAGUUGGAAGGCACUAGCUUUCUGUUGGAGCAGGGAGAGGCAUCGGCCUUGCCGAGCUGGAGGAGUUUUCUCUGGGUAGACAAGCAGAUAUGGAUUACAUAACUGGAAACCUGAUGUUUCCCAAACUGUAGAUAUUUUGUAUGGCAGGGUGGCCUUCUAACCUUCUCAGAUGGUUUCUGGGAGGUUGAUUAUGGAGUAAGCACCUUUCUUUCAAUUUACUGAAUGCUCUACAAUGGAAAUGUUAGAGAGUGCAAAGCUACCCCAGCAAGGAGUGGACACUUAACUGCCUUACAGUGACUGCAUCUGCAGGUGGCCAGAUAGGCUACUCAAAUAAGACCUUGUGUAGGCUUCAGGUGCACUGUGCAAGCUGCCUAGGCCUGAGUACAGGCACAGAGCUCUGUCUGUGGGGCCUGGAGCACAUACCAUGGAGUUCUUCCUGUAGUGGGAGCUAAGGUCUUUUUAACACACCAUUCUUGAGCCAAACCAUUAUUUAGCAAAGGGCUUAGGGCACUUUGCACAUGAACUCUCAUAUCCCAGUGUAGGGAUUGCUGAGCUCUGAGGAGGCAGCUGCGGUUACUCCUGGGGGAAAUUGUGUGGGGUGGGUGUGGCAAAGGUUUACAAGAGCUAAAGAAGCUUUUUUGUGGAGGCUAGGAAUUGGUUCCUCGUGCUUUGCCAGUUUGCAUAUUACAUCAGCAUGGGAUUAGACCCCUCAUUUCAGGGGCUGUAGUUGUCAUGUAGCUAGGGCUCUCCCACCCCAGGGCUUGAAUUCCCUACAGAGACAGAGCACGGAGGCUUUAAUAUACCAUCUCUUCCAGCUGCCUCUGAGUGCGUGUAGUGGCAUGCACUGAAAGGGAAGUGAUGGGAGUGCUGGGAAGGAGUGUUUAUGUUUCAAGGGUGGGCAGAGACUCCCUCCCCCUUCAGGCAGAGCAGCAGGAAGGCAGGCGAGCCCUCUGCUGCAGUUCAGUGGUUAGGAUUUGUAGAGUGAAACUCAGCCCCUUUUUCCAUAGUGAGGAUUCUGCUCUCUCGGAGAAUCCCUUUGGGGUGUUUCUCAGUUGCUAGCCAUUUUCUGCUGGGAUCUUAAUGCCUUAUUCAAAUGGAAAGAAAGCGGAUAUAGCCAAGGGUUUUGCUGCUCUUUCCUCUCUCCGCCACUGGGGUGAAGUUAAGCUGCAGGCUGGCUUGCUUUUCAUUCACUAACCCACCAAGAGAUUUGUAAACCCACCUUUUUAAUUCUGCAAGAAGUUUUCCGUUAAGUGUAACAAGUGGGGUGCACAAAGAAAGGACUUUCCAUUCCCCAUGAGUGUGGCUGUUUGGACUCCCUAACCCCUUUUCUUUCUCCCAAGGAGAAGAGGGCAAGGGACGUUUAAUCGCUUAGUUUUGCCGCUCUGCCUCUUCCUGAACUCUUCCACUGCUGUUGACUUUCUAAGAAGUCAAGCUGUUUGAAAUGAGCAUUUCCUCAUACCCUCACUAUAGGAAACCAUGGUUCGGCAUCUUGGGGGGAGGGAGGUGCAGGAAUUUGUGGGGAGAAAGCAGUUGUAUGCUCCCAGCUCUCCAGAUUGUACUGGGCCUUGAGGCACAUGCAUUGCUGCCCUCCUAAACCCCAUUAAGUGCCUGUCACCAAAACUCAGAGGAGAAACUCAGUUCCUUCUGCAUUUCCUGACAUUGUUCAGUCAUUCCUAACUCUUUCCAAUCAGGGAGUAGCUUGUAGUUUGCAAAGUAUGUGUGGGGACGGGAGUGUGUCUGCAUUUUUUUUUUCUUAAAUAUUAUUUUUAAGUAAGUGAAUGUAUUUGAUUGAUAGAAAUUUUUCCUUGUUUUUAAGUGGGUCAAUUUGAAAGCCAUUUCAUGUUGAUCCCACUACUGCUUUGCUCUGGGGAGUUAGUGUUCUUUUAAUCCUAUGAUAAUGUAUAUGUAGGGGAGGGAAUAUCUCUCCCCAAGGCAUGCUGGUAAUGCUCACUUAUACCAAGCCCUCUUGCACUAUAGUCAUACAUUGGACUCUUCAGAAGGGCAAAGGAUGUAAAAAGCGGGUAAACAGUAAAUCCUAUUCUAAGGAAAGUAUUCGACCCAGGAAGUUCAAGAAGUGACUGGUGAUAAAAACCAGAUCAAGCGGGCCCAUUUUACAGUAGGGAUUAGAGCAUUAAACCCACCUACAUUAAUUCCCUGCCUCUCCUCCCCACUGGAAGCUAAUGUAUUAGUUGGUAUAUACCUGCAUUCUUCCAAGAAAAUUAGAGGAGAGAAUCUCAGAUCACAACUGGCCAGUGGAGCUGCUGAGCGGGAGCAUCAUCUGGCUGUCCUAUGUUUCCUUCGCAUGGCCUAAUACUGCAGCUGGAUUUCCAGACGUGUCUCCCCUGCAGCAGGGACCCACCAAUGUUCCAUUGCAGUCUCCUGAGGUCUCAAGUGAGGUUUUCAAUAAAAUAUUGCACUGCUGUAUUGAAUUCCAUGUAUAGAUGUAAUUAUUACCUCUUCCUGAGAAAACUUACUUAUGGAUCUUUUCUUUGCUUCAAUCUGGGCUCUCUUGGUAACCCUUCCAUCCUGUAUUAAAGAAGCUCUGAAACCCUCUUUGAGGGAACCAUGUACAGUGUGGGAGCUUUUGAAAUGCUUUUUCUUUCUUUAAAGCCAUGAACAAUCCAGCCUUAUAUAGCUUGGUUAAGGAAUGCUGGAACCAACCCUCUUCUCUGCACACUUCCCCUGUCCCACUUCCCUGAUAAAAGAAAGCAGGCACCAUCACUGGUGACUUCGGGGUCUAUUGUUUGGACACAAAUGGAUGUGAACUAAUCAGAAAUGUGCUAACCACAUGCAGCAUAAUCAGUAGUCCUUUUGUAUAUCAACUACAGUGGUGGCAAAACAUCAAAUGUGUCUUCCCCAAAUGGCAAGGGCAUGACCUACUCCUGCCUCCUGGCCAGUACACUACAGAAAGGCUGUGCCACUACAUCAACUGAAAAUUCAGCAGCAGCUCUCGCUUUAGCUGAACUCUGGAGUUAUGCUCAGUCCACAUCAGAAUCUAAGCAGAACAUAACAUCAGCAUGUUGUGUGCAACAUUGUGAAACCCCAGCUCACGAGGGAGGGUGGGAAUGACUUGCACUCAUGUUGAGCAGUGUCUUCCUCAUUGUUUGUCCAUAAUUUAGCUGCUCUGUUGUGUGUAAAGUGGGGGACAGGUGCUUGUGAACCAGAUAUCUAGUAAGCAAUGCUUGGGUAGUUGAAGUGAAUCAACUAAUCUGCUGAACUGCCAUGAUCAAGAGGUUUCCAGCAUGCAAAUAGCAAUUGCUUAUUUAUUCUCAGUACAGUUGGGGAAAAAAAUGCAUUAAAGCAGCUGCUCCUUAUUAGCCAAAAGAAGCAUCUUUUAAAAGUAGCUUUCAGUAUAGUUAGACAGAAAAAGCACAUGUAGCAUUCUGUCCGUGAUGAUUCUCAGUGUUAGUAACUGCUUAAUGCCAGGGCCUGUUGAGCUGGAAACCUCACUCCUACUUGAUCACAGCUUUCAAAGUAAUCACUUUUUUAGCAUGAACUGUAUCUGCUAGUUUCCAGAACCACGGCUCCCAGGAACACUCAUGCUCUUUGAGAAGGAAAAGAAACUUCAAAAUGUCCUUCUCCUGGCCCUUUAAAACAUCUAUAUGAGGCCAUCUCCUCUUUUGUGGUUUGAUUGUUUCCAGUAACCAAUUAGCAAGCAGUAACUUCAUAGUAUUCCAUUUUGACUCAGGAUUCUGACAUGAGUAACAUGCCUGGGUCCCUGAGCUUGUUGCAUGGCAUCUGUAAAUAGAGAGCAAGCUGGAGACUGAGCUGAGCUGAGCCCUCCCUUGGUAGUGUUUGUUAUUUCAGAUUGUGUUUUGGAGGGAGUGCUGUUUAAACACCCAGGGGGAGCUGAAUGUCCAAGAACAGUGUCCAUACAGCCAUAGUUGCCAUCCUGUGCUCCCCUGCAAACCAGCAUGUGUGCGUGUGAGAGUGCGCUAAGGCACUAUAAAUGGGAAAACUUUGCUUUUCUACAAUACUACUGAGGUUUCAAGGAAAGUCUUUCUGACCUGCUUGCAGGCCUUGAAUGCGGGUGACAGCUGCCAGCUCCAUCUCUUUGUCAAGAAGGGUUGGUUUGUAAGUGAAGUUUGUUACCAACUUCUAGGUGAGCAUUCCCCUCUGCAGGGUGCUUGCAAUUUGCACAGUGUUUGGCGGUACCGUGCCCUAGGACUCUUACUGUACUUGAGUGACUGUGGUUUUAAAGUGUUGGGUGUUUUCAGUUACAUUUCCAGGUAACUGACUGCAGCAGAAUUGGUUUCUCAGGCUUAAUAGUUGUACAAUAAUAGGUGAUAGAUACUCAUUCAGAUCUAUUUGAAUAGAGAACAUGAAAAAUGUAUUCCCCACAUCCAAAAGGAACCCCACUCCAGUAUUUGUGUAAAGAUGUGUGUAAAGCUGGGCUUCAGAAUCUGAAAUAAUAGUGAACACUUCUCUGUGUGUUUCUAGUUUGAUUGACCAAACUUCAUAUUUUAAAGAAACUUCAGACUCUCUGACCAAGAUUUUUUUCUUUUCUCACUCCUCUUCCCACCUUCCUGGGGCAGUUCCAACAUGCUCUUUAGUACACCACAAGUAUUUCCAGGGCAAGAGAUCAGAGCCUUGGGGCCUCACUGAAUUAAUACCAAUUGAAGCAAGGGCCAGGUUCUGAUGCCCCAGAGUAGGGAGAAACCACCAGAAUGGGGACAGUUCUCUGUGUUGUCUUUGCCCUGCCCAAAUCCCAGGUGCAAGCCAAGCCAGGAGGAAUACAGGCAGGAAAAGGCUUUAAAAGACAUGUCUAAUCCUUUUGGGAGCGUCUCAGGAAAAUGAUCUUCACAGUAGAUGCUCGUUCCCCAUCUGUAUAGCUCUAGCUGCACAGUGCAAGCAACUCGGAGAACCUUGAUUUUUCUAAGUGUUCUUGGAAGAAAACGAGUGACAAGUUCUCUCUUCCCAAUUAGAACAGCAAGCUGGUACUGAUAGUCUUAUUUGUAAUUAUCAGACAGAGAGAAGAAUAUCCUCUGGGAACAUGUAGAUUAUACCAAAUACAUUAUAAACCACAAAUCCCCAAAUAAAAAAUACUGUCAAGUGAUUAAUUCCCACUGGAAACUUUACAAGCUAUAAUUUAUUUUGUCUAUUUCUUUAAUUUAGCCCUUUGUACUUUUGAGGAGAUGUUAAUUGCAACUUUUUUUACUGUAAAAUACAUGAAAAUCAGCUGUGGAAAUCAUUUUUUAAAUAUUGUGUGGAUGUCUGAUUCUUGUUUAAAAUGCCUUGAGUUUUUUUAUCUUUUGUUUUAAAUAUGUAAUGCAAUGUUUUAUUCAUAUUUCAGGCACUGGUCUCAAAGCUCAGCUGUGAACAUGGAACUUGUAGUAUUUUUUAACAUGAAUGUCAAUUUAAAAUGUGUUUGAAAUGGUUCAACCAGGAUAAGGGCUUAUAUCAUGGGGAAGACCCCUCCAGGGGGAGCUCCUUUCCAUCAAGAAAAUGGGUCCUGCUUACUGUUGGUUUCUCUUUCUGAUUUGCCCAUUACUGGGGCAUCAUGAGAAACACAACAAAUGUGAUCUUUAAUUACUCCCCUUCCCCUUUUGGGGGGCAGGGGCUCUCGUUUGCACCCUUUUUGUAUGUAAAAUAAAAUGUCUUACCUUUA